AUGAGACCAGUAAACUUGGGAUUUCGUGGCUACUCUAGUCAUUUCGUCAUUUCUAUUGUUAUUCGCUCAAUUCAGUUUUUAUGGACCAUCAUUGCUUUAGCAACAGCUGCUGCUUCUGAUGCCAAUUUCCCCAAUGAAAGAAUUCAAUUUUCACUUGCGGUAUCCGUCAUCUCGUUUGCUUACCUUGUGUUUACGGUGACGCCACUUUAUCGUUAUGCAGUACCGCUCCUGGUUAUUAUUUGUGAAUCGAUCCUCACCCUACUUUGGCUCGUUGCAUUUGCGGUGGUGGCCGAUUUUUGGGCUAGCGUUUCCUGUAGUUUCGGUUCUGGUCAUUUUUGGGGGUUUUCUUAUUCUUCAAAUGGAUGUACUUCAGGUAAGGCAAAUAUUGCCUUUGCAUUCUUGGCUUGGAUUACAUUUAUUCUUUCACUUGUGUUGUCCAUUAUCUUUACGGUUAUUCCAUCUGUAAAAAGUGGUACACAGGGACUCUUUACUAAAAAUAUUUCCAUUGGGUCUAUUUUCCCAGUCACCAACUUCGCUGUAUCAGAAGAUGCGAAUCUUGAAGCCGGUCUCCCGGUAGAGCGUGAAGAGCUGGAUCAAAAGGAACUUCCAGAACCUACAACCGAAAGUGGCUACAAUGAAGAGCCGCCUCAUAUUUCAACUACAGAUGUUGCUACGCCACCAGUCUCUGAACCUGUGGUUGGUUCUGACACUGCUCCCCUUCACGAAGCCAAAGUCCUCAAAGAGUAA